UUCCCUUUCUCUCUCACAAACCAGCCUCGGGGUUCUCUCUCUCUCUCGCUCUCUGAAAGUGAGAGAAAAAAAAACCCCCUAAAAAGCUUUUGAUCUCGCCGGAUUUUCGUCUCUGUCAACAACGACGGUGAGAAUCUUCUUCUUUAGUUUAGAUUUUUCUGCUAGAUUACGGUGGAUCAGAUCUUGGUUAGGGUUUUUGGUUUCUGUGAAAAGCCCUAACGGAGGGAGGAGGAGGAGGAGGAGGAGGAGGUUAAUUUGUGAAGUGAGUGGAAGGAGGAGUGAAGCGGUGCUGAGACUGAAUCGGAGCGGAAAUGUACAAGAACCAGCUUCAAGAGCUGGCACAGAGGAGUUGCUUUAAUCUUCCCUCGUAUACCUGCAUUAGGGAAGGACCAGACCAUGCGCCGAGGUUUAAAGCUACUGUUAACUUCAAUGGCGAGGUCUUUGAAUGCCCUCAGUACUGCUCUACUCUCCGUCAGGCCGAGCACUCCGCGGCUGAGGUUGCCUUGAACGCUCUCUCUAACCGUGGUCCUCCUCAUUCACUUGCGGCUAGGAUACUGGAUGAAACAGGGGUUUACAAGAACCUCCUGCAGGAAAUUGCGCAAAGAGUUGGAGCCCCAUUGCCACAAUAUACAACGUUCAGAUCAGGCCUUGGUCACCUACCUGUUUUUACAGGGAUAGUAGAAUUGGCUGGAAUAACAUUUACUGGAGAACCGGCCAAGAACAAGAAACAGGCAGAGAAGAAUGCUGCAAUGGCAGCUUGGUCAGCUUUAAAACAAUUGGCUAAACAAUCAGCAAGCUCGUCAUCAGAACCAGAAAACAAUGAUGAGCUGGAGCAGAUCACGAUAGCUCGAGCCUUAUUGAAUUAUCGCCAAAAGGAAAAAAUGGCCAUGUCAAAUCCAAAUGCAACAAUACCAUUCCCCAAAAAACUUCAUAUUCAAAGUCCAAGGCCAACUAGUCCCCAACGUCCCCCUGCACCAACAUCAAAAAUUCUUCCCUUAAUUUGCCAAAAGGCAGCUCCUCGAAGCAGAGCGCCAUUUUCUGCAAAUAAAAUACUCAUUCCACAAUCCCCAACUUCUGCAGUAGAAGGCUCUGGAACCUGCCCCCAGAAGUUUAGUGCCGGAGCUGCUCUUUCUUAUAUUCCUGUUCAGCAGUUUAGGGCAUCUUGCCGUGGUAUUGCCCCACCAGUGACAAUUAGAACAGCAAUGCCUGUGUAUUCAGCCCCGCCUCUACCGCAACCAUCGAAGCUACCUCCACAGCAAGUAAUUCGAGUCCCACCUGUACGUAUUGCCCCUCCCGUUUCGAUUAGGCAAGCAAUACCUGCUUUUGCUGCUCCCCCAGCACGCAAGGAAAGUCCUCCUGUACUUAAAAAAGAAGAUUGUCCAGCUUCAACUGCUUCAAAGGAAGAGCCUCCUGCUCCUUCCGCACCCUCACAGCCUACUAAAUCACCACCUGCUGAAGUAGAAGAACAAGCUACAACCACAAUGGCAAACAGUCAGCAAGAAAUUAAGACAUUAGAGAACCUCGAACAACUCCAAAUUUGAUGAGUUGAAUCAUUAGAAAGACCACAUAGGAGAUCGUCGUAUUGUUUUGCAGUAAAGUUAGGUUAUCUCAUCUUGUCCGCAUCUUAUUUUGAGUGUCAACCUUUUUUCUUUUCAUCUUUUUUGCCCUGUUUUGUUCAAACUUGAGUUUAGAGGUGGAAAAGUUGGUAUCAGCAUCCCUGCAGCAGCAAUGCCAUUCAUCAGCAACUGUGUCAACUUAUGUACUUAUAUAUUAGUAUCUUUGGGCAUGUUGUCCUAUCUUCUCCAAGAAUUCUGUUCUGAUUUAUGCAUGCCAUCUUUGCAUCCCAAGAUAGGCUGAUGAGAGCCCCAGGAUGCAUGGAUGUUGUUAAGGUUGUCACCAAGAGUCUCUAGUUAACC